AUGCACUGGAACCUAUUUCAUCAGGACCCCGACGAGAAUCGUGGCCUGCCUAGAUAUCAUUCUUCUGUCUUGGUUCCGUUCUGUGCUAACUAUGAGGAAGCAAUGAAGACACUGAUCGCGGCCUUCAACGUCCCAGAACUCACGGAACUCCACAAGAGUAGCGCGCCCGGUAUGAUAUCUUUGAAGUGCGGGAUCAAGAAGCCGGACGGGGAGAUGUACGCUUGGGCGAAAGUAUCUCCUGAGCAUUGGGAGAGAGUUAUCACGCCCGCAGACGAUAUCAGCGUGUUUGUGAAAGCCAGGCUUCCCGGAGGUGAUCAGCCUCAAGAGAGGCUCUGGCGUCAUCGACGAGACUCGAUCAAUCGCCCGAAACUCGUUUCACUGAGGUGCGAGGGCGUCGAAGAGGGUCUGGUAAUUCCGACGCCUGCAACAUACGGUAUGCUACGCCUGAAUGCUUGGGAGGUGUUUGUAAAGCACAAGGAUAAAGCAGUGGAGGAUGUUCGUCUUCUGGUGCACACGUUCGACCAAGGUCAAGAUCAUGGAGUUUGGUCGAACUUUUCGGAUUCUAGCUCGGUGGCGGCUUCCAUUUCUGGCAUACAGCCUUCUCUCGUUUCCAAGAAUUACGGCAAAUUUUUCAUCACACGUGGACGAUAUUUCAUUAUCCCAGUCCAAACUCUCCCUCAACACCUUUCCAAGGCAAAAACGGCGGCGAGCAUGGCCACAAAGUCAGAGCGAUCGCUUGUCAGCUUGUUCGUACUUCAAGAUGUCGGAUCAUACGAUUAUGACUCGUCUGCGCUCGUUCCUUUCUCCUUUGACUAUGAGGUUGUUCUAUCCUCGGCUUCUCACCGUCUAGGACGCGAAGAAAUAUACCGCACCUACAUGCAACAACACCGGGGUGUAUUGCCAGGCCGGGCUCUUUUCCUGAAGUGCCGCGUUCGUAAUGGGAAUGGCGAAGACAUCUGGGCUGUAGUCGGGUCCACGGACUGGUCAAGCAUCGUUACGCCCAACGACGAAAUCGGCAUAUUUUGGCACCAAGCUCCAGGAAAGCCAAAGGCAGACCCGCAACCGGAAGCGCAGGAUGGAAAAUCGGAAACGAAAUCGGACACGAAAGUCAAAUUCGUCUCGCUAGCAGACCACCUGGGUAACAAAUCCGUACUAAUUGCCCUUUCCAAAACCUUCGAGGAAGUGAACAAAGCAGUGGAGACCCACAGAAUGAGCUGGCUCCAAGGCACCUAUCUCACGGCCCGUGUUGAAAAUGGGGAAGGCGGCUUAGUGUGGCCAGCAGUCGGGGCAGAGUUCUACGAUGAUGCUGUCAAGACAUCCCAGGAGGAGAUAUUGCAUCUGAGGGUGAUGCCUAGAUGGUGA